AAUCAUGAAAAAUCGACUGGCAGUUUAUACAAAUGGUAUGACUUCUCUCCCCUCAGCAAACAUUCUGAGAAACAACUUUUGUUUCUUUUUUUUCUGCGAGUGUAAGACAGUGCAACUGCAAUCUGAAACUGAAAAAGUUAAAAUAUAUCUUGAAUGAAAGCAAUUUUAGUUAGAAUGGUAUUUGGACAUGAGUCCAAGUGAUUAUGUCAGUCUACAUCCUCAGAAAACUCUUCUACUGACACCAUGUGGCCAUUGUGUGAAACUCCUGAUAUGUUUUCCAAUUUCCAGUACCGUAGGGGGGUUUUUUACAUUUAAAAAUGAACAGUUAAGACAACAAUAGUGCAACUGCUUUUAAAUGUUUUGUCUGAAAAAGCUUGGCUGAAAAAUCACCCUAAACAACAAACAAUGUUUAAAGUUUUUGUAACAAGGAUGUAGAGAGGGAAUAUAUUUGUAUACACAACAUUUCACAGUAUUGAAGAACUGGUGGCUCGGUUCACUGAAUAUUUAGUAAACACAAAAGCACCAAUAAAGCGAUGGAAACAAGUGCACAGAAGCACAGACUUGACAGAACAUCCAUGGAGCUGCUGGGAAACAUUCAAAGUGCAAUGAUGACCAGACACCAAAAGGCUGAGGUAAUGAUUGCCGGAGAACAACUAAGGUUGCGAGUACAUGAUAGCAAGUUGAUAAAGGACCGCAGACACCAUUUGCGAACGUACCCGAAUUGUUUUGUGGCUCAGGAGCUUAUUGACUGGCUGAUUUCUCAUAAAGAAGUGCCUGAUCGAGAGACUGCAGUCCAGCUUAUGCAGCACCUCAUGGACCAUGAUAUCAUUCAUCACGUGUGUGAUAAGUGGCCCGCGUUCAAAGACGCCAAAUACUUGUACAGAUUCAGAAAGGAUGACGGCACAUUUCCCUUCAACAUAGAGGUCAAGAUUUUCAUGCGUGGACAGAGGCUGUAUGAACAUCUGAUUACAAGCAAAGACUCCAUCUUACAGCUGAGACAGGAAAAGGGAGUGGCUUAUGAACGUUCUUUCCCUGGUUACAUGUUAAUUGAUUGGCUGCUACAGAACGGCGAAAUAGAGAGUCGACGCCAAGGACUAGAUCUUUGCAAGGCCCUACUAGAGCAUGACAUUAUUCAGCAUGUCUCUUUGAAGCACCACUUCUUUGACAGCGGGCUGCUGUAUCAAUUCUGCAUUAACUUUCGCCGCCGGCGCCGUCUUUCUGAACUGUUGCAUGAGACAGAGAGUGAAGAGGUUGAAUGUACAACACACCAAAACCAAGAAGACCCAGCUGACAUUCCCUUCACAUUGGACAAAACUCCUCCACCUGAAGGCAGCAGUAACUUCUUAUCUGUUCAACCUGCUUUGGAUUUAAAAGUGCCUACAAAUGGACGAUGUGGAAGUUUGACCCACCAGCAGCAUAGUUCAUGUGGAUACCCACUCAAUGCUUCUCUUACCGCUGCCCUUGCAGUACGAUGCAAUCCCACAUCAGUGCUGAAAAGACAUGUAACCUGUGAGGAGCUGUUAUCUCCGGGUGCUCCUUAUGUAAAAAGAGUUCUUACGAUCCUCGGUGAUGCCCUAGGCUGGGGCUUUGUCGUACGAGGAAAAUCACCUUGUUAUGUUCAGGCUGUGGAUCCUGGAAGCCCUGCUGCGGCAGCAGGAAUUAAGGUACGCCAGUUUGUGUGCCGAGUGAAUGGACGCAGCGUGCUUCACCUGGACUAUCGAACUCUUUCAAAGCUAGUGAUGACGGGACCACGUGUUGUUACUUUGGAAGUGAUGGAACCAUUGGAUUAAUUCAGUAUAGGUGUAAUUAUAUAUGUGACCCAGGACCACAAAACCAGUCAUAAGGGUCAAUUUUUCGAAACUGAGAUUUAUACAUCAUUCAAAAGCUGAAUAAAUAAGCUUUCCACUGAUGUAUGGUUUGUUAGGAUAGGACUGAGAUACAACUAUUUGAAAAUCUGGAAUCUGAAAUAUUGAGAAAAUCGCCUUUAAAGUUGUCCAAAUGAAGUUGUUAGCAAUGCAUAUUACUAAUCAAAAAUUAAGUUUUAAUAUAUUUACAGCAGGAAAUUUACUAAAUAUCUUCAUGGAACAUGAUCUUUACUUAAUAUCCCAAUGAUUUUUGGCACAAAAGAAAAAUUUAUCAUUUUGACCCAUACAAUGCAUUGUUGGCUAUUGCUACAAAUGUAUCCGUGCUACUUAAGACUGGUUUUGUGAUCCAGGGUCACUUUUAUUUAUUUAUUUAUUUAUGUAUUUGCAUAAUAGGUGAAGGAUGUGCAAUAUUUCUUCUCUAUAUACCAUGUAAAUCUUUUGGGGUUUAAAUAAUAAUAAAAAAAAAAUUGAUAGAUCAUA